AUUAAAAAAAUAAAUUAAAAUAGGGAUUAAAAAUGUAUCUAUAAACUAUAUAUAAGGAUGAAUGUAUAGAUACCAUAUGGUGUUGAAGCAGCUGUUGUAAUUUGGCAUCUUCUGGUUCUGUUCGGUGCUUGUUUGUUGGUUGAUUGUUUACAUAGAUAGAGAGGAGCUAGCUUUGCUACUUUCGGCAAAAGGAACAGACACACAGAGAAAGAGAGAAAAUUAACACAAGAGUGGGAUUUUAGAUUACAAAAGGGUGGGUACCUUUUGACUCACUUUCUCUCUGCUCUUUUUGUACCCUUAGAAUAGAAUAAUUACCUUCACAAUUAGUUUUUCACUGUUCAACUCAACUAAGACACCCUCCUCCACUCUUUGCUUCUCCUUAUAUAUUUCAUAUUUCAAAGUGUUUCCUGGUGAUUGGUGAAGAAGAUUAUUAUUGAAUGAGGCGUCACUUCCGAGGUGAAAAUUCUCUACAAACAACCUUCUUCAUGCAACAAUAAUCACGUUUCAACAAAAGCAGAAAACAAUAAUGGAUUCUAGUGAUCAAUUUGAAAUGCAAGAACCAAGCAUUGAAACGGAUAAGCUCAGCUAUGAAAUCUUCUCUAUUCUUGAAAGCAAGUUUCUCUUUGGAUACGAUGAUCAAAAGCUCUGGUUCCCUAAGCAAAUACCUGAUGUUGACUCUCAACAACAACCAACCGUCGCCACCGCCGCCGUUGACUCUGUUUCCGCCGUCAAGAAUCAGCGUGGAAAGAUAUGUAUACUCGCAAUCGACGGAGGAGGUAUGCGAGGUAUUCUUGCUGGAAAAGCUCUCGCUUAUCUUGAGAAUGCGUUGAAGAAAAAAUCCGGUGAUCAGAACGCCAAAAUAGCUGAUUAUUUUGACGUGGCAGCCGGUGCCGGCGUCGGAGGUAUUUUCACGGCGAUGUUGUUUGCUACAAAGGAUCAACGGAAACCGAUUUUCUCGGCGGAUGACACGUGGCGGUUUUUGGCGGAACAGGGGAAGAAAUUCUAUCGUCAGGGAGCAAGCUCCGGUGGGAGAGGAUUUCUCAAGAGACUAUUCGGUAGCGGAGGUUCGAGUUCCGUUGAAACAGCGACGGCGGGGAUGGAGAAAACGGUGAAAGAAGCUUUUACGGCGGAGAAUGGUCGUUGUUUAACGCUGAAAGAUACUUUAAAACCGGUUCUGAUACCGUGCUAUGAUUUAUCCAGUACGGCGCCGUUUUUGUUCUCACGUGCGGACGCUUUAGAAACGGAUAGUUUUGACUUUCGUUUAUGGGAGGUGUGUAGAGCAACUUCAGCUGAACCGGGUUUACUUGAACCGGUUCAAAUGCGCUCCAUUGAUGGUGUAACGAAGUGUGUGGCGGUUGAUGGUGGUUUGGCUAUGAAUAACCCUACAGGUGCGGCGAUUACACACGUGCUUCAUAAUAAACAGGAGUUUCCGUUCGUCCGAGGGGUGGAGGAUUUGCUUGUUCUUUCGCUUGGAACCGGUCAGUUGUUGGAGGUUAACUAUGAUUAUGAUCGUGUUACGAGAUGGAAGGCGAAGGAUUGGGCCCGGCCAAUGGCUCGUAUUUCGAGUGAUGCCUCCGCUGACCUUGUUGAUCAGGCCGUUGCUAUGGCGUUUGGGCAUUGCCGGAGUACUAAUUAUGUCCGUGUGCAGGCAAGUGGCUCAAGUAUGGGGCAAUGUGGUCCCAAUGUUGAUACAGAUGCAAGUCCCAGCAAUGUAAAGAUGCUGAUGGGAAUAGCAGAUGAGAUGUUGAAGCAGGAGAAUGUGGAGUCAGUUCUGUUUGGAGGGAAGAAGAUUGGAGAGCAGAGUAACUUUCAGAAACUUGAUUGGCUUGCUGGAGAACUUGUUCAGGAGCAUCAGAGGAGGAGCUGCAGAAUAGCUCCCACUGUUGCUUUCAAACAAGCUACACCAAAACCCACCUAGAAGCCCAAACCCAACCCGUCUAAACAAAACGGUCAAAAAAUGUUGCCGGGUAAAGACGGAUAUAUAGAAGGCAAAGCAAAAAAAAAAAAACAAGAAGAUGGAGAAAGUAAAGGAAAAGAAGAGUGCAAAUAUCAAGUAGUAGUAUAGCAGCUUUACUUUACUUUUGAAGAUAGACAAGGGUUAGAGAGGUGUUGAGUGAAAAAGACAAGUGGUGUAAUUAAAAAGGGUGGGAAGAUCUCUGUGGGAUACUUUGCUCACCAGAGGACAGACAUUAUGGUGUCCACUCCAUCUUUCUAGCUAUUAGGGUAAAGAGACCAAGAAAGAAAAACAAAGUGUACUACUCUACUAGUUGAAGCUUUUUAGGGUCAAACAUAAAUCAAGUGCUAUUUUUUUAUUUGAAAAAAGAAUGAAAAUUCAGAGGGUGGUGAAUUGGAUUACAUUCUCUUGUUCUA